UUGUCGAAUCUCUCUGCGGCUUCUCGCCGAAGAGUCAGCCAUAUUGGGAAGGAAGUUUUCCAUCUUCAACAAUCUGUAAUACGAAAGAACCAUCAUCACACAUAUCCUCGUGUAUCGAGUCUCAAGUUGUUGUUCUUUCGUUUGGUGUACACAUUUUUAGGUUGUGACUACGUAUAAAAACGCUAAGAAAGACAACGGAAGACCUUCGUAAGAAGCUUCCUCUCACUUCAGCGUCUGAGAACGCUUGAAUCAUCUUCCAAUAUGCAGAAGGGGAAAGGUUCUACUGCCUCCCCGCCUGCAGGAGUCAUACAAGGAAGGCCCCAGCAACCAUCUGCUAGAGGCCCUACCCCACCACAACAAAGACCUGAGGAAUACCCACAAAGGCAACCCCACGGCGGCUUCCAGCCACAGGGUGUUAGUGGUAUGCCACAAGGUAUGAUGUACCAACCACAAGGGAUGGUGCCCCCACAAGUUCCAGGACAGCAACCAAGGAUGACAGCCCCUCAAGGCUACCCAGGAGCCUUUGUUGGUGGCAGACAACAACGCCCUAUUCGUAUACCACACCCACAGCAAGGGGGUCAACCUAUGUACUCUUCGCCUCCAGCAGGGAUGGGGCCUCAGUUAGUCCUAGGUUCCCAACCCUUUAUUCCCGGAAAUCAGCAGUCACCUUAUGGUGUGUCUCCAGGGCAAGUUGAUUACUCUCAGAUGCAAGGUCCAAUUCAGUUCCGUUCUGGUCAGCCUGGGUUUGUCACGCCUAUGGCUUACCCUGGAUUUGCCCAUCCAGGACCCACUACUAUGCAGCAGCAAAUGCAAUAUCCACCCCCACCAUCACUCUUUGUUGUCCGGCCAGCUCCCACCCAAAUGCUAGGCAAUCCCCAGUAUCAGCAAGUUCGUAUGGAGGUGCCAAAGCCACCGCAACAGCGGGAAAGAAAAUUAAUACAAAUUAGGGAUCCUAAUCAGGACAAUAAAGAUAUCACACAAGAAAUAAUGGCACGACAUGGGGGUCAGUCAGCUGGCACUCCCUCUAGCACUGGUUCUCCCAGCACCACGCCUGAUGCAUCAGGACACUCCAGUAAUUCUAACACCCCCCCUAUCAACACAAACAACUCAGCCGAACAGAACUCAGUAAGUGCUCUAUUUGCAGCAAAGGUUGCUGCCACGUUACACAAUGAUACACCACCUGCUGACAAACUGAAGACUAGUCCACAAGCUAGUAAAUCUACAUCUCCUAAAAUAUCAUCCCCAGCGCAGGGAAUCAAAUUGAUUUCAAUUGAAAAGGCACAAAGGACACCUGAUAACAGCAAAACCCCUGUUAAGAUUGUCGAACCAUCAAAAACAAAAGCUACUAUACCAGCAAACACAGAUGUCUCAGAUGGGGCUAAGAUCAGUAUAGUAAAACCUGAAGCUUGUAAGCCUUCUCCUCCUACUGAGGUUAAGCCAGCUGCCACUAGCCAAGUUUCUAAACCUGCAGAGGUAUCUAGCUUAGCUCAGCAAGCUCAGAAGCAGGUAACUAGUGUACAGAAUGGUAGUACCAGCCCCACCCCUGAUACAGAAGAGAUCAUCACUGCCGACACAAAACAAGAGACUGAAAUGGCUCCACCACAAAACAAAAUUUCAGAGCCUAUUCCAGAGGAUGCUGUUGAAAACAAUAAGACUUCAACAGCACCCUUAGUAACUCCAACAGAAGUCGAUGAGAUGGUGAAACCGUCUGCUGUGGUUAAGGAGACCAAACCAAACAAUGUUAUUGAAGAGACUGUUGAGAGUGAAACUACUGUAAAUGGAUUAGAGUCUGAUCCUGAGAGACUGAAGUCUUCACAAGGGACAACUGUUGAUCAGUCAGUGAAAGAUGUGCCAAAGAAAAAAAAGAAGGGGAAACAGCGGUUUCAAGAAAUGGAAAAGAGGUCAGACAAGGCAGACCUUAUGGAUGCCUACACGGAAAGACCAGAAAAAGAGGUUUCCAAGGAGCCUCAAACAGAGCAAGAAGAAGAAGAAGUAGAUGAUACUGCAGAGGAGCAUGUCCCAUCUGAAGAGGAAUCCUGGGAAGACAAAGAUGGGAAAAUAGGAAUUGAAUUCCCAGAAUCAAAGGAUGGGAAGCUGGUCUAUGAUCGCAACUUUCUGCUGCAGUUUCAAUUUAACCCCAUCUGUAUUGAGAAGCCUGAAAACCUUCCUGACAUCGAGGUUGUACUCAACACUAUGCCUAAAGGACCACCCAAAUCCUUUAACCCCAGAAUGGGUGGUGGUGGUGGAGGAGGAGGAGGAGUCGAUUUUAUGCCAAGCUACAUGCGACCAACCAGAGGAACACCUCAACCCAACCCUUCAAGAAAUAAAGGAAGAAUGCAACCCAAGAAAAUUAUUCGCACAAUCCAGCCUACUGUUGAGCUUGAGCGUAGUGAGAAUAGAUGGAUUCGUCCAGCUGAGAAGGCAAAAGAAUUGCCAGAAGAAGAGAGUAAAACGGAGGAAGUCAUGCGUAAAUUCAGAGGCAUCCUCAACAAGCUUACCCCACAGAAAUUCAAAAAACUCACAGAGCAAGUGAUGGAGCUUGAAAUUGAUACUUCUGAAAAGCUGGAGGGCAUUAUUGAUAUUAUUUUUGAAAAGGCUAUUAGUGAGCCAGGAUUCAGUGUCGCCUAUGCUAACCUAUGUCGUUGUUUGUUACCGAUCAAAGUGUCUGCUGGAAACAAAGAAUUGGUUUUCCGAACCAUCCUGCUCAACAAAUGCCAGAAGGAGUUUGAAAAAGAAAAAACCGAUGAGAACAGAAUCCAUGAAAAGAUUGAUCAACUUGUCAAUGAAGGCCUUUCGGAGGAAGACUACAAGAUAAAGAAAGCUGAACUAGAAGAAGAGGAGAUGUUUGGAAAAAGGAGAACACUUGGAAACAUUAGAUUCAUUGGUGAACUGUUCAAACUUAAGAUCUUAACAGAGAACAUCAUGCACACAUGUGUAAUGAAGCUGAUCAAGAGCAUGGAUGAGGAGUCUCUGGAGUGCUUUUGUAAACUCCUCUCCACCAUUGGCAAGGACUUGGAUCACGAAGUAGCCAAGCCACGCAUGGACCAGUACUUUAGUCAAAUGGACAAGAUCAUUGCCUCCAAAAAGACAUCCUCUCGUGUGCGCUUCAUGCUUCAAGAUUUGAGAGACCUGCGUCUCAGCAACUGGGUGCCCCGUAGAGAUGACAACAAUCCAAAAACCAUUGAUCAAAUUCACAAGGAGGCUGCAGACGAAGAGAAAAAGACACAGUUGCUUUUACAGCAGCAGCCGAAAAUGCCAAAAAAUAAGGGACGUGAUAGUCCAAGGACUGUUGUACCACAAGCUGAUGAAACCUGGACAACUGUUUCUAGCAGAGGUCCGCGCAAUGUUAGUGUGGAUCCUAAGAAGUUCCAAAAUGUUCAAAAGCGUAAUGUUGAUUCAGAGAACAUAUCACUUGGGCCUGGUGGGCGUGGCUAUGGGGCGUGGGCACGUGGAAGCAGCGGUGGCACUGGACCUGUAGCAGCAACACAGGCAGCCCAACCUGAAGAACCACGAGGAAACAGAUUCUCUGCCCUUGGUGGUGAGGCAAGAAGAGGCCCUGGAGCAGCAAGGCCAAGUUCUGGUGCUGGACGCCAGGAACCACGUAGCCCAGGACCUCCAGGACGCUGGCCGCCUGCAUCUGAGAGAGAGAAGGCUCUCGAAGCUGCCCGCAAUCUUGGGCAACCCAAGUCCAAACCAGAAAGGAAAGAUGCCCCAUCCCCCGAACCAGAGCCUGAGGAAGAAGAGACUAGUGCCCCAGCUCCAGAACCACCAGCUGCCAAAGAGUUUUCAGAACGUGAAGUGGAACAGAAGGUCAAUAGUAUAAUUGACGAGUACCACAACAUUUCAGACCUCAAGGAAGCAAUGGAGUGCAUCCAGGAAAUGAAGUCUCCAAGUAUGCACCAUAAGGUGGUUUUCUAUGCUAUUAAUCACUCCAUGGAAAAACAUCAAAAUGAGCGGCUCAAGACUGGCAGACUAUUAAGGGCUUUGGUCAAAUCCAAUAUUAUUUCAAAGGAACAAUUCAUGGAAGGUCUCGAUGAAAUGCUAGAAUUCACAGAAGAUUAUGAAAUUGACAUACCACAUGUUUACAACUAUCUUGGCCAUAUGGUUGGACCUGCCUGCUGUGAUGGAGUCCUGCCUCUCACUGAUAUCAGCCAAUCAGCUUGCAAGUUAUUCUCAAAAAAGAAUAACUGUGCACGCUUGAUUGCUGAGCUGCUUCUCACCGCAAAGUCUGAAUCUAGUUCGGCAGAUGUCGCUGAGCUGUGGGCCCAAUCAGGAAUCAAUUUUAGCAGUUUCUUUGAAUCUGAGGAUGCUGCUCAACAAUUUAUUAAGAAAAUGAAAUUAGAAUCACUAUUAACUAGUCCACCCAUUGCACCUAGCAGUAGCCAUCAUUCAGCAAAUGUGCAAGAGGAACUUAGAGAAUUAAUGCUAAAGAAGAAAGCUAGUAACCAAGAGGUCUUCAAUUGGAUCGAUGGUAAUGUUCAGAACACAAAAGAUCCACAGUUUAUCCGAGCCAUCGUCACAGUAGUUUGCGAAAGCUGCAAGACAGAUGAUGGUGAUUCCUUUAAAUGUGACAAAGUUAAGCUAGCCAAUAGAAAGAAUCUUUUGCAGAAAUAUAUAGACAGUGACAGCAAUUUGGAAUUGCAAGCGCUGUACGCUUUACAAUCAUUAACAGAGAAAUUAGACCAUCCGUCAGGCUUUUUGCGCUCGUAUUUCGAGGAUUUCUAUGACGAGGAUAUCGUACAAGAGGAAGCAUUCUACGCAUGGGAGAAGAGCACUGACCCUGCCGAGCAGACGGGCAAGGGCACAGCUCAAGCCUCGACACAGCGAUUCUUUGAAUGGCUACGCAGCGCAGAAGAGGAACCAGCCAAAGAUGCCUGAACUGCAUGUGUCAGAAAUGUGUGAUAUGAUGGACACAGUGCUUUGAUGUACUCCAUAUCAUACACUUGGGCUCCAGGUCGAGGCUGGAAUAGCCGACUGAUGGGGCCCACCCGCGCUGAUCUAUGCUGGAUUUUGUCGUGUUAUUGUCAAAAGGAGAAUUUCACAUGGUGAUUGUGAAGCAAAAUCUCAUAGAUUAUGUGCUGUAGACCAUCCACAAGAUGCGUUGAGCCCCACAGCUUCUGUUGUAUCUUCAACGGGGAGCAGCAAUUGAACUAUUACGAUAGUAGUAUCUAUGCUACAUAAUACGGAAGCUGUCAAUGACAGUGGGGUUACUACAAAGGCAUCUGUGAUGCGCUAGUAUUCCAUGUGAGCAUCUGUCUCAAAAUGCAAAAUGAAUAUAGUAGAUGACGUCAUAUUGCGUCACUGCAGUCCUCUGUCGAUAGAGGACUGGUAAAGACUGGUGCUAGACUGAGGGGUUAAUUGUCCCCAGUAUUGGUCUUAUAUUUCGUAGAUCUGCUAUUAUUAACAGCGUGCACAUUGAUCCAGUACGAGCAGGUCGAUGAAGAUGACGAUCCUGAUGUGGCUGAAUUGACCGCUGUUUACAGAGCAGUGCAUCCAGAGAAUAAAAUUGUAAAGUGGAAGAUUCCUAUUUUGUGUCCAAAAAAGAGGAUUAUAAAUAAAUUAAAUGUUGAAUGGUGUAAA